AUGUCCCUUGCGACAGCGGAUCUUCGAUCUGGGGAUAAACGUCGACUCUUCGAUGCCUUGGUAUGCGGUGAGGGGGAAGGAGUGGGUGACGAUCUGUAUGCUGGAGCUGCGUAUCGUGGAAUGACCUCGAUAACUCCGCGUUUGAUUACGGUCGUUACGGCUUGGAUGACGGGGACGGAGGAAGGCGUCGAGCGGCGGACGAAAUCUAGGAAGAGGACGGCGCUUGCUUUCGUCGCUUCGCUGUGCGAUGAGGCAGGUGAGCAAUUAUCUGGCGCCAAGAGAAGCAUGACUGAAAAGCCGUGA